UACAGCCCCAAACACACACGACACGACACGCAUACACAGACACACAAAAAACAGAAGGGCCUACCAGACAAAAUCAGGAUAUGACAUCAUUCACAGGAUAGGGAAGCCACAAAACUUUUCUAUUUGUGUUGAUCUUUUCGUAUUCUAGAGAGGUUUUUGUGCAGUACAUGAGUGAAAAGUUAAAGGUUUCUUACAGGAUAGUUUGGAUUUACACUCUGCACUCUUGGAGAAAACAGGAAUUCUUCUUAGGUUUCCCACAGAUCCCUCAACAUUCCAAGUGUCUUCAGUGGGACUAAAUUCAGAAAAUUCCCCAUUUGAUGGGACUGUGGCCCAGUGAAUGACUAUGAAAUAUCCAGAUCCUGAUUGGUAGCCGACUCCAUCAUCACCCUCCAGAGACCAGCGAUGGAUUUUUGCUUGGGCCAGGUUUUCAGCAAAGAUAAGACAUUUCGGCCCCGAAAGCGUUUUGAACCUGGAACACAGCGCUUCGAACUGUACAAAAGAGCCCAAGCUUCAUUGAAAUCAGGCCUUGACCUUAGGAAAGUCGUGCAGCUGCCAGAAGGGGAGAACAUUAACGAUUGGAUAGCCGUGCACGUCGUGGAUUUCUUCAAUCGUAUCAACCUCAUCUAUGGGACGGUCAGCGAGUUCUGCACCGAGAAGAGCUGCCCAAUUAUGUCUGGCGGACCACGUUAUGAAUACAGGUGGCAGGAUGGAGAUCAAUACAAGAGGCCCACCAAACUGCCUGCUCUUGUAUACAUGAGCCUUCUGAUGAACUGGAUCGAAUCGCUUAUUAACAAUGAGGACAUCUUUCCUACAAGAGUAGGAAUCCCUUUUCCCAAAAACUUCCAGCAGGUUUGCAAGAAGAUCUUAAGCCGGCUCUUUCGGGUCUUUGUACAUGUCUACAUUCAUCACUUUGACACCAUAUGCAAUAUGGGAGCGGAAGCUCACAUCAACACCUGCUACAAACAUUACUAUUACUUCAUCUCUGAGUUCACUCUCAUCGAUCAGUCAGAGCUGGUGCCUCUGAAAGAAAUGACAGAGAAGAUCUGCCACUGAAAGAAUGUGUUGAAUGGAUGUGCCUGCAAAACCACAAAAUGUAUAUAUGAGCCAGAAAAACAAUCAUUUCAAACUUUCAGAACAAUAUGUGAAGUCUGAUAUGAGAUUAGAGACUCUUAAGUGAGCAAACUGCAGUAUGAAACAUGUAUUUCGUGUCCUUUAAUUCUAUGUGUGUCUUCUAAAGGCAGCACAAACUUAAAAUUCACCAGUAAAUGUCAACAAUGACAAAUUUGUUAUCUUUGUAUUGGAGUAUUGGUAUGAAAUGCUGACUUGAGUUGUUAGUGUUCUGCAUACAUUUCUGAGAAUUUCAUAAUGUGAUAUUUAUCUUUAAGGGGAGGGAAAUUUGAUAUUGCAUGUUUUAACCUCUGUUGUGAGACUGUAAUGGUUCAAGUCAACCUGAUAAACAGGUUCAAGUUGUUAUAUUCUUGCGCUGUCGUGUCUGUAUGGGGGCAGAAGCCUUGAGUAGCUUUACUUAACCAGGUUAUGUGUUGCCUGUGACUGAUAACGAACAGCGCCUAAAUGUUUUGUUUAUUUUGCAUGCAAACAGAUUUGAAAUACAUUUUCCAAUUACUUUUCUUAAAAA